GUGACACGGCAGUUUGACUUGACUACCGUUGGCUGCAUAACCCGCCAAAAGUAGUUACCCAUCUCCCCUCAAAACGCCCACCAUUUUCCCAUCAAUAGCAGACGAUUGUUUGUAUUGUUUCCAUACUUGUGACUUUUCACUGUCUGUUAAAGAUUAUUAAUAUCUAGUGUGUAAGGUGGACUUUGGAAGCUGCUGGACAAUUCAAAUUCUAGUCAAUAGGAGGAACAGGCUAAGAAGGUAAGGAAGGCCGAUUGUUUGAUCACGGAAGAGGUUGAAGUACUUUAAGAAUAUUUUCUUUCAAUACCCACCAGGGGCAUUUCUUUUUCUUUCCUGGUUUUUCUUGUCUCAAGUUUGGAUUGGAAGAGAAGGCUAUGCCCAUUUCUGGCCUUUGGGUGGAUUCAAAGUGAAAGCAAAAGAGUAAACUUAGAUGGGGAUUUGCUGGAGUUCUUCUAAGGAUACCAUAACUCCUAUCACCACUGGCAAUCUCAGUACAGCUGGGGUGUCUCAGACAACCACCAACACUACAUCUUCACGGGGCAGCAACUUCUCCAGAAACAGCCAGUUCUCUGCAGCCAGCGGAGGCAGUGAUGAGGCCUUCCCCAAUGGUCAGAUCUUGCCUCAUCCCAAUUUAAGGAUCUUUACUUUUUCAGAACUGAAGGCUGCAACAAAAAAUUUCAGACCUGAUACAGUUCUGGGAGAGGGUGGUUUUGGGAAAGUUUUCAAGGGUUGGCUAGAUGAGAAGGUGUCAAAGAGCGGCAGUGGAACUGUAAUUGCUGUCAAGAAAUUGAACUCUGAGAGCAUGCAAGGAUUUGAAGAAUGGCAGUCUGAGGUCAAUUUCUUAGGAAGACUUUCUCAUCCUAACCUUGUCAAGCUGUUGGGAUAUUGCUGGGAGGAUAAAGAGCUGCUACUGGUAUAUGAAUUCAUGCAGAAAGGCAGCUUAGAGAACCAUCUUUUUGGAAGGGGCGCAACUGUUCAGCCACUUCCUUGGGACAUACGGCUUAAGAUUUCUAUAGGUGCAGCUCGAGGGCUGACUUUCUUGCAUACAUCAGAGAAGCAAGUGAUUUACAGGGACUUCAAGGCAUCAAAUAUAUUGCUUGAUGGGUCCUAUACUGCCAAGAUAUCAGACUUUGGCUUGGCAAAAUUGGGUCCAACAGCUAGUCAGUCACAUGUGACCACACGGGUUAUGGGAACAUAUGGUUAUGCCGCUCCUGAGUAUGUAGCCACAGGGCAUUUGUAUGUAAAGAGCGAUGUGUAUGGUUUUGGUGUUGUCUUGGUGGAGAUGCUAACAGGCUUACGAGCACUGGAUACUACCCGUCCCAGUGGGCAACAUAAUCUGGUGGACUGGAUCAAACCACACCUUUCAGAUAGACGAAAGUUGAAAACCAUAAUGGAUGCCAGACUGGAGGGAAGAUAUCCUUCAAAAGCUGCAAAUCAAAUAGCUCAGCUUUCUCUAAGGUGUAUUGGAUCUGAACAUAAAAGUCGGCCAUCAAUGAAAGAAGUUCUAGAGACUCUGGAGCGGAUUGAAGCUUACAACGAGAGACCAAGGGAGCCUAGAGUAAGACCUGCACGUCCUGCUGUUCAACGACAUGGCCAACCGCCUUUGCACCAUCGCUCUCCACUUCACCCAAGGCAGAAUGGAAGUCAAGCCAAUCAACAGUCACCUUGGGCAAGGUAACUUUGAUAAAACUGUUAUGAUAAAAUUCAGAUUCUUAUGCAUGUGUAUGCCAAUUAUUUCCCAUAUCAAACCAUCCCUAUUCCUUUGAUUGUGUUAUCUCUAGAAAGAUGUAAUGAGUUUUGUUGUUGUGCUUAUAAUUUGUACUGAACAAAGGAGCUUAUUAUUAGUGAAACUGUAAUUAUGUUAAUCAGUAUGGUGAAUUGUGCCUUGAGAUAUUAACAAAACUGUAAAUGAUAUAUAUGGUGAUUGCAGAUUUGCAAUGGUGGUACA